AACUAUCUUUCAGUUCUUUGUUAUGCCCUCAUCACAGAAACCCCGCCAUUUUCUCUCUCUGGCCCUCAUCUUCUUCUUCAAGCCAAACCCAAACCCUAACCCUAACUUUCGUAUUCUCUCUCUUCGAUCCUUCUCCGACCAAUCAUGGCUGUCCGUACCCGGAAACCCCCUAAUCAAGUGGCCCUCGCUCUCACCGCCUCCAUCUCUCCCUUCCCCUAACCCUAAUUUUGACCCCAAAUUUUCACAAAAUGACUUGUCCGCAAUCGCUAACCUGCUCGCCGACCCAUCGCUUCGGACCGCAUUGGACCGGGCCGGAAUUGACCCGAGUCCGAGUCUGCUACAGGCUGUGUUCGACCACUUUGAUUCGUCUCCCAAAUUGCUGCACACGCUGUUUGUUUGGGCUGAGAAGCAGCCCGGGUUUCGAUGCUCUGCGACGCUCUUCACCUCCAUGAUCAAUGUGCUUGCCAAGGCUAGAGACUUUGAGUCUGCGUGGUCUAUGAUUCUUGAUCGAAUCGGUGGAGAUAAGGAGCCUGGGUUGGUUUCUGUAGAUGCAUUUGUCAUCAUGAUCAGACGGUAUGCUCGUGCAGGUCAACCCCAAUCAGCAAUUCGAGCUUUUGAAUUUGCAUGUACCUUAGAGUCAUUUCUCAAUUCUGAAUCAGAAAUGAGUUUGUUUGAAAUCUUACUGGAUUCCCUUUGUAAGGAGGGUCUUGUGAGGGUGGCCUCGGAAUAUUUUGAUGGGAAAAGAAAGUUGCAUCGACAUUGGAUUCCAUCGGUUCGGGUUUAUAAUAUACUGUUGAAUGGAUGGUUUCGAGCGAGGAAGCUGAAGAAGGCAGAGCGGCUUUGGGUGGAGAUGAAGAGAGACGGCGUGAAACCUAGUGUCGUGACAUAUGGUACACUUGUAGAAGGAUACUGUCGGAUGCGUCGUCCUGAAAUCUCAAUGGAGUUGGUGGGUGAGAUGAGGAGGGAAGGAAUUGAACCAAAUGCGAUUGUGUUUAAUCCAAUAAUUGAUGCUUUGGGGGAAGCUGGGAGGUUCAAGGAAGCGUGGGGGAUGAUGGAGUGGUUUUCAGUUCUGGAAUCAGGCCCCACUAUUUCGACGUACAAUUCUCUGGUAAAGGGCUAUUGCAAGGCCGGAAAUCUUGUAGAAGCUAGUAGGAUUAUUAAGAUGAUGAUAAGCAGGGGUAUUGUACCAACUCCAACAACCUAUAACUAUUUCUUUAGGUUCUUUUCAAAGUCUGGGAAAAUUGAGGAAGGAAUGAACCUUUAUACCAAAAUGAUUGAAUCUGGGUAUACCCCAGAUCGUCUUACUUUCCAUCUUCUGUUGAAGAUGUUAUGUGAAGAGGGAAGAUUGGAUUUGGCUGUUCAAGUUAGCAAGGAAAUGAGAACUAGGGGAUGUGAUAUGGAUUUAGCCACGAGUACCAUGUUGAUUCAUUUGCUCUGCAAGAUGAAUAAAUUUAAAGAAGCUUUGUCAGAGUUUGAGGACAUGAUACGCAGGGGUUUAGUUCCGCAGUAUCUAACUUUUCAGAACAUGUAUGAUGAACUAAGGAAACAAGGAAUGACUGAAAUGGCACGAAAGCUGUGCGCCCUUAUGUCUUCUGUUCCUCAUUCAACAAAGUUGCCGAAUACAUAUGUCAAAGAUAGAGAUGAAUCUCAUGCAAGGAGAAAAUCCAUAAUUCAGAAGGCUGAAGCAAUGUCUAAUGUGUUGAAAACUUGUUCAGAUCCAAGAGAACUUGUUAAGCACAGAAGUUCGCCGGAGACUGUUGAAUCAAGAGCAAACCAGUUAAUAGAGAAUAUUAAGACAAAAGCUAACAUUAAAUGAUAUCCUUUAUCUCUGUUCUUUGGUAAUAGCCAUCAAGGUUUGGAUGCGGUGGCAAUCUUCGCAAGGAAGGUAAACAUCAGUUAACCGCAGAUGCAACAGUUUUGUUGUUUGUUGUAGUGUAGUGAAAUGUUCGCUUAUAUAGUUUUCAGCGGUACCUCUCUUCACAUCUAAAGCUAGAAUAUAGAAGUUUGUACAUAUUGGAUUAAUGUCAUUCUCAUGAUCCUCAUCAUCCCUUUGAAAUUUGGCCAUGGUGGAAUGGAUUCACAGUGUUUUGCACUUAUUUUCAUUGCCCUAGUCAAAUCAUCAUGAUGAAAGGGCCUGUAUGGGGCAAUUGGGAAAAAGCCUGAGGAGAUAGAUUACAUUGUAUUGUCAUCAGAUUUGCUUUCUCCAGAUCUUAAGAUCUGCCUUUAUCUUUUGUUGGCUAAUAAUAAUCCCCCUUUCAGUUUACCCCAAUUUUUCCAAAAAUAAUAACAAUCCCCAUAACCCAUUUCCUCAUUGGGCAAAAGCAUCAAGAUUUAUCCUAUACUGUAGGCUACAAUAGUUGAAGUUGUCCGUUUAGAAUGUGCUUGGGGUACUGUUGAGUAGGAAUCUUUGAGUCACCUCACCAGAACUUCCAAGACAAAAAAAAACGAAGAUUAAGAACAAAAAAGGAGGAAUGAUUACCUUAAGCACAAGGACUUGGUUACAAAUUACCCAAUAGCCACUUGACAUUUGGAGGGUUAAGUUAUGAUAAUCAUGUGUUUUAAUUAACACUUGGUUUUCAACUUAUCGAUUUUUGAGUGAGUUGGGCAAGAGCUUUGCACGAUGCCCCAAGUCGGAAAACGACGGCAUCGGUUUUUUUUUUGGGUACAAGAGAAGAGGAGAGAGGAGCAUCUGCAUCUGGUGUGAUGGAUUAUGGUGGGUGCAGUCAACAAAGGUGCUUGAGAACAGAAUCUGUGCUUCAUUAUUCUCCCCCCACUCGUCACUUUACUCUCUCCACAGCUACAUUGCUUGCUGAAUAAUAAUAAUAGCAUAGAAUUUAUCUCGUACUCGAGACAAUAUUUUAGGUAUCUUGAAACUGAACUGAAAUCUCAAUAAUUUCA